UCAGUAAAAUCACCGAUAGAAGAAUUUGUUUUCCUUUCCGACUCGGCUACCAAUAAAAUGAUUCGUAUUUUUCUGUGCCAUCGUUGAAAUAUUGUAAUAAUUUUAUUUUGAACAAAAUAUUAAAAGUAUCAAAUUCAACUUUGUGCAAUCAAAAGAAGAUUUGAAAUUAAAGUGACCGGCUUAUUAAAAGCCUCUAUAUGAAGCGGAAAUACCAUUAUCCGAAUGUCACUAAUGUGACGCAGAUUCUGGUAGAUCGGAACUAUAGUGAUAUAGAGCAGAUCGUAAAAAAUCGACUGAAAACAGCUCCGCAGUUUGUUGACAAAAUUGAGCUGGAAGCGGAACUGAAAGGACACAACGGCUGCGUGAAUUGUCUAGAAUGGAGUGAAGACGGUCGAAUAUUGGCAUCCGCUUCGGAUGAUUAUCAUGUAAUGCUCUGGGAUCCAUUCAACCAUAAACGAUUGUACGAUCUGGCUACGCCUCAUGAUGGAAAUAUUUUUUCGGUUAAAUUUCUACACAAGCGAAACAACCACAAACUGGUGACAGGUGCCGGCGACUACCGGACCUUCGUGUUCGAUAUCAACCGGGGCAACGAUUUCCCUAUACGGACAUGCAGCUGCCACGCGCAGCGUGUUAAGCGUUUGGCCACAUCGUCGAAGCAUGCGCAUCUUUUCUGGUCCUCCGCGGAAGAUGGAAAAGUUUUGCAGCAUGAUAUGCGAUCGCAACACACCUGCCGGGCCGACGAUGCCAACGUUCUGAUAAACUUGCGCAAUCAUAUCAACGAGAUGCCGGAGGUUAAGUGCAUCGCGAUCAACCCGCAGAGACCAGAGCUGAUGGCGAUUGGAGCGAACGAUUGCUACGCUCGGAUUUACGACCGCAGGAUGAUGUCGCUGAUGAAGCUCACUGCCAACACGGAUCUAAAGCCGAAUGCGAGUAAUACCGACAAUGUUCCACGGGAUGGCUGCGUACAGUACUACUGUCCCGGACAUUUGAGAAAAAACAAGGACACGGUGUAUUCGUUUUUAAAUCAGAAAGCAAUUACUUAUCUGACCUUUAGUCCGGACGGAGGUGAGCUGCUGGUGAAUAUGGGAUCGGAGCAGAUUUACCUGUAUGAUUUAAACCGACCCAAGGAACCGAUGUUCCUACAAUUACCGAAACUAACGGAACCCAUCAACGGAACGAACGGUACGACCACCAACGGCGAGAGAGUCAAACACAAACUUCCACCAGAUGUAGAAAAGAUGAAAAAGGAAGGCAAUGCCAACUUGGAAAAGGAACGGUACCAGCAAGCGAUUCAGCAAUACACGGUAGCCAUUCGGAAAGCACAGGAAAAGGAUUGCUCAAUUCUCUAUUUGAAUAGAGCUACAGCGUUGAUGAAAAGAAACUGGUAUGGUGAUGUCUAUGCCGCCGUCCGUGACUGUCAUCGAGCGCUGCGACUCGAUCCGCACUAUGUUAAAGCUCACUUCCGACUGGCCCGGGCUCUGCUUAAGCUAGGGCAACUCACAAAUGCUUCGGCUUGUUUAGUCGAGUUAGUGCAAAGGUUUCCUUCGUACGCGAAAAAUCACGGCGUGCUGAUGCUGGAAAAGGACAUCGAGACAGAGAUGGAGAAGCAACGGCAGAGACAACGGGAACGAACGGUUGAAUCCGAAACGGAUCAGUUUUCGGACAAUGAAUUGAUUUGGCGAGCGUCUGCGUUAGAUUAUGAGGAUCGCUUUGUGGGGCAUUGCAAUACAAAGACGGAUAUCAAGGAAGCUAAUUAUUUUGGUGACUCUAACUACAUUGUGGCUGGAUCCGACGAUGGAAAUUUCUUCAUUUGGGAGAGAGACAGUGGUAUGAUCGCUUCGAUCUACCAAGCUGAUGAGAUGAUCGUGAACUGUAUUCAGCCCCAUCCUUACGUGUGCAUGCUGGCAACCAGUGGGAUUGAUCACGAGGUUCGUCUCUGGUCUCCACAGGCGUUCGAGUCACAACCGAAGCACCGGGUAGACGAGAUCGUCGGAACGGUCAAUGAGAAUCAAAACCGAAUGCAGUGCGAUCCGUUCGAUUCGUUCGCUCCCGAUCAGGCGAUGUGUAGAGCUAGUUAGCUUUCGUUGGUGCAACUAACGAUCAACAUCAUAUAUGUGAUUAUCAAUAGAAUUAAUAAGUUAUUCGGUAGAAUACAUUUUUAUAGCUGAUCAGCCUGCAAUGCAUAAUGCGACGAAUACAACACAAAAUAAGUCGUCGUAAACUAGACGAAACUCAAUGCAUAAAACCAUUGUUCACACAAGUAAUGAUGUUACUAAGAUAAUAUGCAUAUUUCCUCAAUGAUUCUGUUUAAUGAGCGGAGUUUUACAUAGCUCUCGAUUAGUUGGAUGUGGUGGCAAGUGCAACAUGGUUCGUUUUCGUUUUAUUUUCCUUCGAAACAUAGAUGCUCCACAAGAGUCGGUCGUACUGUAGAAGGCACGAAUGUAACUAUUAAAAAAUGUUAUGAAAUAAAGGCAUAUUGACAAAAUUA